AUGGCUAUGGCCCCAGCACAGUCAAUGUCAUGCGCUAUCCACCGUACGACGCCAACUCGACCACUGGCCCCUGGCGGAAGCUAUCUAGAUACGGAAACAGAAGAGGCUCGAUGGACGGGUUUUAGGGAGUGGGCUUUUGACUGGAUCGGGGCUGUGGGAGAGUUACGAUCGAGAUGUUGUGGAGGUUCCAUGUUGCUCAUCUGUACAGCGCAAAGCUUGCGCCCAGCCAGAUCGCGUGGUUCCAGUCGGAAAUCCAGAGGCAUUGGCGCGGAUGGAAACAGGAUUAAGCACUCGUGUUCAGAGACUUCGUCUUCCACAAUCCAGCUCUCCGUGAUAAAUACCAUCAGCUACGAUACGGUGGAUGCCAAACCUCCAAUGCGCGACCUCGAAAACCAACUCGAGUCCCACAAAAUCAAUCGCCAGGUCUGCGAAGACAAUGUCUUGGCAAUCCGCCUGUGGGCACCUGCACCUGGGCACCGAUGUCUCAAUGGAGCUUCGGAAGAGGAGAUUGCGAGAGUGCCUUGAGAUGAGGCUGGUUACGGCAGGGACAUUAUGUGCUCAGUGACCUUAUGAUGUUGUUGGUGAAGCAUUCCGGUUGAUGCAAGCGCCG